AAUACUAAUCACUGACAGAAACUGAUCACUAAUUGUUCGAUUUGUUCGUUUUGCUGUUCUUCCAAUGAAAAUGGCUUUACUGCAAAAAGCUAUUCUUAACAACCCAAAAACUGUACAAAAAACGAUUGGAAUAUUUUAUAAUGUCUCAAGAAACCACUGGAACUAUCAAUACAAACCUGGUCCAUACCCCAAGACAAAUGAGGAGCGCGCUGCUGCAGCAAAAAAGUAUGGGCUGACUAUAGAGGAGUACACACCAUAUCCUGAAUCAAUGGGCUAUGGUGAUUACCCGAAACUCCCUGACAUCGGUGCCGAUUCCAAGGAUCCACACUACCCUUGGGAUAUGCCUGAAUUGAAGAGGAACUUUAAUGAACCAGUUCAUGCAUUAGCUGAACUUUAUGGUGAAGACCGUUAUGACAUCAGUAUGAGACCAAGAUUUCCAGUUUGGUACCAAGCAUGUUUUUUGUUUGCGGUCCUUGGUGGGUCUUUUGCCCUCUAUUACUACUUAGAGGAUUUUAAAAUGGGAAGACCAGUUCUGGUGAAGCAAUAUCCUAAAGAUGGACCUCAUUAUAUGUUUGAAUGCGAAUGAAAAUCUUAAAUUAAUUGUUUAUUUAACUGCACAUUUUUAAGUAGCUUCAGUAAAUAAAAUUCUGGAU